AUGGCGCAAACCAAUGGGGAGUUGGAGCACUCGAAAGAGGUUGCUCAGGCUUCUCAAGAACCCACCAACGGCAACCAACCCGAAGGCGCUGCCGAGGACGACAAUGCAGGUGGUCUCUUCCAGAUCUCUGUGAAGCUUCCCCAUGAGCCGUACAAGAUCCAGGUGAUGGUCUCGAGCCAAGAACAGGUGCAAGAUGUCCGUCAAUCGAUCGUCGAGCUGCCGGGUACUUUCCAGUACACAUGCUUCCACCUUGAGUUCAACGGAACUCGCAUCAACGAUUUCGUCGAGCUGUCCGAGGUCUCCGACUUGAAGGCGAAUUCCGAGAUUGUGCUUGUGGAGGACCCCUACACCGAGAAGGAGGCCCGCAUGCAUGUUGUGCGCACACGGGAGCUGGUUGGCGCGGCUGGAGACCGGUCGGACAAUCUUCACGGUAUCUCCGCCGGUCUCUCGCUGCAUGAUGCCAUCUCGGCCGAGGCUGCUAGCGCUGGCGAGUCGGAGAAGGACCACUCACUUACCAAGUACAACCUGACCGGCGCCUCCUCGCUUCAGACUAUCCUGCCUAAGGACCAGAGCCCCCUCCCCAAGACUGUCAAGUCGAUUUCGCUAUCGCCAUGGAACCCGGCCCCUUACCACCUCCGCCAGAAGGGCCACCUGCUCUACCUCCAGGUCACCACCAAUGAGGGCGAGCAGUUCCAGAUUACUUCCCACGUCUCGGGCUUCUUCGUGAACAAAUGCUCGAACACUAAGUUCGAUCCGUUCCCCAGAACCAUCCUGCCCAAGAACGUGAAGGGAAGCGCCCACUCUCUCCUCACUCUGAUUUCUCAGCUGUCGCCCUCUUUCGACACUGCCUUUGAGGCUCUGCAGGAGUCCAACAAUCAGAAGGACCUUCUGACCACCUUCCCCUUCCAGAACGCCAUUCCCAACAGCCCAUGGCUCGUUGCCCCCACUUCUUCGAGCCUGAACACCCACCAGCCUGAUAUCACUCGCUCUCAGGAGAGCUACCUGAUCUCCGGCGUGGACAAUGCCGAGACUCUGCGGGACUGGAACGAGGAGUUCCAGACCACCCGCGAAUUGCCUCGUGACACUGUCCAGGAUCGUGUGUUCCGGGAGCGCUUGACUUCCAAGCUGUUCGCUGACUAUAAUGAGGCUGCUGCCCGUGGUGCGGUGUUGGUCGCGCGUGGUGAGGUGGCUCCUCUCAACCCGACUGAGGCUCGGGAUGCCCAAAUUUUCGUCUAUAACAACAUCUUCUACUCCUUUGGUGCCGACGGUGUUGGUACCUUCACAUCUGAGGGCGGUGACGAGGCUGCUCGUGUGGCCGUGGGUAAGGACGUCCUUGGCAUCAAGGCUGUGAACCAGCUUGAUAUCCCGGGUCUGUUCACUCCUGGUACUGUGGUCGUCGACUAUCUGGGUAAGCGUAUUGUCGGCCAGAGCAUUGUUCCUGGCAUCUUCAAGCAGCGCGAACCUGGCGAGCACCAAAUUGAUUACGGUGGCGUUGAGGGCAAGGAGGUUGUUGCCACUCACCCCGACUUCCAGCCUGUCUUCGAGAAGCUGUCCAAGGCCCUCCGCAUUAAGCAGCACCCCGUCUGGGACAAGGACGGCAAGCGUCACGACCUCGAGGGCAGCGUCGAGACCAAGGGACUUCUCGGCACUGAUGGCCGCAAGUAUGUUCUGGAUCUGUACCGCGUGGCUCCCCUGGAUGCUUUGUGGCAGGAAGAGGAUGGCAGUGAUGCCUACCCCCACCGCAUGUCGGUUCUGCGCCUUGAGCUCGUUGAGUCGUACUGGCGCUCCAAGAUGAGUGCCUAUGUCAAGACUGAGGUUGAGCGCCGCAAGGCUGCCAAGGCUGAGGAUGAUUCCGAAGAGAAGACUGAUGAUCAGGAGCGCGUGGACAUUUCCGGAUUCAACCUAUCUCUCAACCCUGAUGUCUUCAGCGGCCAGAUCCCCCAGACCGACGAGGAGAAGGAGCAGUGGGCCCAAGACGAGAAGGAAGUGCGGGACGCCUGUGAUCACCUGCGGUCCAAGAUCAUGCCCGACCUGGUUCAGGACCUGCACGAUGGCGACGUUGGCUUCCCCAUGGACGGCCAAUCGCUGACCCAGCUCCUGCAUAAGCGUGGUAUCAACGUCCGCUACCUCGGCAAGCUAGCCCAGUUGUCCAGUGAGAAGGGACCCCGCCUGCAGGCUCUGUCCACUCUUUUGGUCCAGGAGAUGAUUGCUCGUGCCUUCAAGCACGUCGCCAAUCACUAUCUGCGCAAUGUCCCCGCGCCUUUCGUUGCUCCUUGCAUCGCCCACCUGCUGAACUGCCUGUUGGGUACUGAUGUCAACUCUGCUCCUCGUCCCGAGAUCGACGACUCCCUGCGUGAGAUCUACCCCGAGGGCGACUUCUCCUUUGAGACGGUCACUCCUGAGUCGCUGCACACCAAGAUUGAGGAGCAGGUUACCCUGCGCUACCGCUACUCUCUCGAGAAGGGAUGGGUGAGCUCUCUGCGUCACCUGCAGCUCCUGCGUGAUAUUUCCAUCAAGCUGGGUCUCCAGCUUGGUGCUCGCGAUUUUGCUUUCACCAAGGACCAGGUCAAGGAGCCGGCUCCGGUCACUAAUGUUGCCAAUGGCAACGGUCACGAUGACAUCAACAAGAAGAAGAAAAAGAAGGGCGGCGACAACAACUCCCCGAGCCGCGCGCCUGUCCAGGCCAAGCCCGUUGUUUCCUUCACCACGGAUGAUAUCCUGAACAUCGUUCCGCUGGUCAAGGACGCCUCUCCGCGCAGCGCUUUGGCCGAGGAGGCCCUGGAGGCUGGCCGUAUCUCGCUUAUGCAGAACCAGAAGCAACUGGGCCAGGAGCUCAUUCUGGAGUCUCUGUCUCUCCACGAGCAGAUCUACGGUAUCCUCCACCCGGAGGUUGCUAAGCUGUACCACCAGCUUUCCAUGCUCUACUAUCAGACCGACGAGAAGGAGGCCGCCGUGGAGCUGGCUCGCAAGGCUGUCAUCGUCACUGAGCGCACUCUGGGUGUCGAUUCCGCUGACACCAUUCUCGCCUACCUGAAUCUGAGUCUGUUCGAGCACGCCUCUGGCAACACCAAGACUGCUCUGGUUUACAUUAAGCACGCUAUGGACCUCUGGAAGAUCAUCUAUGGUGCUAGCCACCCUGACUCCAUCACCACCAUGAACAACGCCGCCGUGAUGCUGCAGCACCUCAAGCAGUACACUGAUUCUCGCAAGUGGUUUGAGGCUUCCCUCUCCGUGUGCGAGGAUCUGUUUGGCAAGCAGUCUAUCAACACUGCCACCAUCCUCUUCCAGCUUGCGCAGGCCCUGGCUCUGGACCAGGACUCCAAGGCUGCUGUUGGCAAGAUGCGAGAUGCCUACAACAUCUUCCUCGCCCAGCUCGGCCCUGAGGACCGCAACACUAAGGAGGCUGAGACAUGGCUGGAGCAGCUUACCCAGAACGCUGUCUCUAUCGCGAAGCAUGCCAAGGACAUCCAAGCCCGCCGUCUGCGCCGUAUCAACAUCAACCCCCGUGUGUCGACCAUGGGCACUCGAGUCCAGCCCCAGGUUGGCCAGACCGCACCUGAGACAGCCGGCACUGCCAGCGCCACCGGCUCUUCUCUGGACUCGCGCAGCAUUGAUGACCUGCUGAAGUUCAUCGAGGGCGGUGACCAAAGCACCUCGCGCUCUAAGCAGAAGAAGCGCACCACCGCCAACCCCAAGCUUCGCGGCUCCAAGCAGUCUAAGGCUUAA